GACACUUGCCCAAGAUUCCACGCAGUGGGACUGAACCCGGAACCAUGUGGUUGGUGAGCAAGCUACUUACCACACAGCCACUCCUGCGCCCAUGUAGUUCAUUCUGUCCAAUGUGAUGUUUAUUCACGUUAUUUUCAAUUUGUCCUGCAUUAACUCACAGCUUUCAAGUGAUGACGAUGUGAUUGAGUAUUUUUAGAAUAACAUUGUAGGGUAGGUGUAAGAGGCCAACUCUGGUUAGUUUGAAAAUAAAAGAGGUAGCAUAUUUGGGCCAGUUGUGGCUGGUUUAAAUGCUAAACGGUUAACACUAGAACAGUGGUCCCCAAACCUUUCAGAGUCGUGACCCACUAUUUAUCACACCAGUUUAUGACGACCCACUUAACUCUACUGAGUAAAAACAUUAACGAAAUUAAGAAAUUUAUUUCAGAUUACGUCUUCAGUCCCUCAGUGUAGUAACUUGAUUACACACAAACGUAUUCAUACUAGAGAGAAGUCUUACCACUGUGAUGUCUGCAGCACAUCAUUCUCUGACCAAAGUGCCUUAAAGUCUUACAUACAAAGUGUUCAUACAGGGGAGAAGCCAUUUCACUGUAACGGUGAUAAUGAUGAUGAUUUGUGAGAAAUCUUUCUCUAAAAACAUUAGCUUGACUACACACAAACGUCUUCAUACAGGAGAGAAGCCUUAUCACUGUGAUGUCUGUGGUACAUCAUUCUCUGACCGAAGUGCUUUAAAUUCUCACAUACGUGUUUAUACAGGGGAAAGGCCAUUUCACUGUGAAUUCUGUGGCAAGUCAUUCUCCAUAAGUGCUACAUUGACUAGACAUACACGUAUUCAUACAGGAGAGAAGCCAUAUCAUUGUGAUAUCUGUGGUACAUCAUUCUCUCAGCAAAGUGCCUUAAAUUGUCACAUUUGUGGUAAAUCAUUCUCUCGAAGUAAUAUCUUGACUACACACAAAUAUAUUCAUACAGGAGAGAAGCCAUUUCACUGUGAUGUCUGUGGUACAUCAUUCUCUCAGCGGAGUUCUUUAGAUUCUCACAAGAGUUUUCUUACAGGAGAGAAGCCAUUUCACUGUGACAUCUCUAAUAAAUCAUUCCGGGGAAAAGACAGCUUGACCAAACACCAACGUAUUCAUAUAGGAGAUAAGCCAUAUGACUGUGACAUUUGUGGUAUAUCAUUCCCUCAGAAAGGUAGCUUGACUUCACAUAAGUGUGUUCAUACUGGAGAAAAGCCGUUUCACUGUAAUGUCUGCAGUACAUCAUUCUCUCAGCAAAAUGCCUUGGAGUCUCACAUACGUGUUCAUACAGGAGAGAAGCCAUUUCACUGUGACAUCUGUGGUAAAUAUUUCUCUCAAAGUAAUAACUUGACUAUACACCAACGUGUUCACACAGGAGAGAAGCCAUUUCACUGUGACACUUGUGGUAAAUCAUUCUCUCAAAAAGGUAGCUUCACUAGGCACAUACGUGUUCAUACAGCAGAGAAGCCCUAUCACUGUGAUAUCUGUGGUACAUCAUUCUCAGACCAAAGUGUUUUAAAAUGUCACAAACGUAUUCAUGCCGGCGAGAGGCCUUAUCACUGUGGUGUACUCGUAUACAUGUUCAUAUAGGAUAGAAACCGUAUCAUUUGUAGUAAGUCCUUCUCUCAAAGUAGUGCUUAACUUCUCACAAACAUUUUCAUUCAAGAGAGACACCAUAUUCCUGUAACAUCUCUUCUCUUUCAUCAGUGCUUUAACUCAUGAAGGUGUCCAUACAGGGGAGAAGCCAUGUGACUCUGAUAUCAUCAUCAUCGUUUAACGUCCGUUCUCCAUGCUAGCAUGGGUUGGACGGUUCGACCGGGAA